AUGAGGAGCAAAAAGAGCCGUCAUAAAUUGGUUGCUCUCAACUUUCUAUCCAAUAUAUCUCUUGAUGGGAGACAUGAACAUAAACCUAAUGGGAUCGGCUAUCACACCUCUGUCCCGUACAUUUCCAGUGCUGGACAAAAUGGCACAAAAAUUUCUCCAAGUAACUCUUCUUAUGAGCAGCAAGUUAAUGAUACAUUUCAUGAAAUAUCUAAAGAAUCAGUAUCAACCAAUUUUUCGGGAGUACCUAAAAACAUCUUAAGUUCGGUGACAUGUACCCAAAAUUAUGCUUUAUGCAAUAGUUUCGUGGAUACGCAUCUACAGAACAAUAUAUCUCAAACAUUUCCUAAGGUUUCCAUUCCAAAUGUUUCCUCUUCAUAUGUUACAGAUGUACAACUGGGUAGUGGGAAGCAAGAAAGCUUCACUGAUAAACCAUCUUCGAACAAACUUUCAGUCACUACUGAUUUAUCUUAUCGAAUCACUGAAGUGCAACCUAAGACUAAUUUUAAAAUUAAACUAUCUCAUGAAUCUGGUAAUAUCAGUUUGGAAGAUAUAAAAGGACUGUGUAAAAUAAAUCCAAAAUCAAUGCAAACUAAUUCGUUAUCCAUAAUUUCUAAAAGAAUGGCAUUAAGUCCGCUAGGUGCUAGUGGGAAACCAGUUACUUUGUUUUCAGUCUUACCAUAUCAUCGUAAAACAACAGGAUCUCACUUCAGAGUUGGACGUCGUCAUAUUCUUCCUCCCAGUUCUCACAAACUUUCUUCAGGUGUGCAACAGUUUCAGUCUCCCGCAAGUUCAGUCCGUCUACCACAGACUUCUGUAUCCACCGGUGUUACACAUGUUAAAGAUCCUAACCCUCAAUCCAAUUUUGUUCAUAACGUGUUAAGUCUUAGCUCGUUUCGACCUGUUAAUGGUGAGACUAUUUCAUAUGCUCAUUUCAUUCAACCAAAUUGUCAAUUACCAAAGAACACUGUAAAGGUUGGGCAUACAAUGGAUACCGAAUUGCUGUCACAUAUUCUACUAAAUCCAGGUUUCAGAUCAAAUUGUGACCCGUUUACUCAUUUUCACGAAGCUUCCGUUAUACCUAACUCGAAUUUUUCUCGACGUAGCUUCUUGAAUAAUUCUACAGUAAUCCCUUCGACCAAUACGCAUUGGCAUCAUUCUACGACGUCAUUUAAUAGACAACGCAAUCCUAGUUCAAGCAGUACAAAUUGUAACGUAUUUGGUAAUAAUUUGUCUUUAUUGUCAUUUAUAGCUUUAGGUUAUCCAGAUCCAUUAUUGAGUUAUAACCCAUUUCUUUUGGAUGAUCCGGAAUUAUUAGUUUCAACAGGAAAGCGUGUAUUAAAACUUCCGAACUAUUUAACUAGUGUUUUGGGAUAUAUUCGACCGAAUGAGCGUAAGCGUGAAGUCAAUCGACAAUUCCAUGAAAGAUUCCCGUCAAUACAAAUAACAUUAACGAAAUUGCGUAGCAUAAAAUUAGUAUUAGUACAAAUUGCUCAACGCGUUAGUUGUUCUUUUUUUAAAUUUCCAAUUUAG